AUGGCUUGGAGAAACGUUAAAAAGUUGGGAAAUCUUAUUAAUGAUAUUCGAACUCCAAAGAACGUUAAUCCUCAAAAUACUGCGGCGUCGACUAUUUUAUCUUCACAUGACACUUCAUCGAAUGAUAACCUUUUGGUUUCUUCUACAAAUAUUCAAGAUUCGGCUUGUACUAGCCCUUUUUCUGCCCAUAAUUGUGAUACGCGUUCGAAUUUAACUGAUAUCCAUUGCGAAUUACGUGAUGCGAGUGAAUUACUUUAUCUUCAGUUACCUGAAGAUGUUAAACUCGUAUUGGAUAGGCUUCGGAAUUUACAACGUAUUGAAAAUUCUUUCUUAUUUUAUGAUAAAUUGCCUAAUGGUGAUUGGCAGUGUCCAUUCGUGACGUUAGAGUCUUCCUUGAUGUCAAUAUUAAUAUUGGCUCCUACCUUAUUAUUGGUCAAUGCUCCUGGUUCCCUAAAAUUGGACGAUGACAACGAUGAUCAUGGAUAUUAUGAUACAGAUGAUUAUUUAUCCUCACGUCCAUCCUCUUCGAUAAUCCAAGAAGAGGCCCUUUCUGUCAUACAUGAAAAUGUGGAAUGCCAUUAUAUCGGUCAUUCUGAACAAUCUCUACAUCCCAAAUAUUAUGCCCGUCUUUCUCAUUCUUCAAUGUCAACUUUUCAUUCUGAAUCAUCUGAAAAGUCUUCAAAACACUCCUCAUUGAUUAAAGUUUUGAGCUCUUCUAGCCUCCUGACUAAAAUAAUUGGUUCUAUGUUAUCACAUCAUAAUGAUGCUCUAAUGAAUUCAUUUACCGAUUCUACAACUCUGGAUAAUUUUCAUCGACUGUAUGCUCGAGUAUCUAAGGAGUCAAAGGAUCUAACAGACCAAAUAAGGAAAAUCACCACACAAGGAAAAACGGAUGAGUUAGUGGAAUAUGGUCAGACUGUUUAUAACGAAUUAGUAUUUCAUGCAAAUAAUUUGGUUGAAGCAUUAGAUUUAUUUGUAAAAUUUGUUAAUCAUCUUCCGCAACUUUAUGAAGAACCAUCGGAAUUGAAUUUAACAUCUCCAGUGGAUGCUCAACCAAAAGAGUCUUUGGUGACUGAACAAAAAUAUAAAAG